AUGGCGUCUAUAUCUAUUCAACGAAUACGUGAAUUGCGAGAUUCAUCUAUUCCCAAGGAUAGUUUACUUCGACAUUCACUUCCUGAUGCAUCUGUUCUGGAUGUGAGUGAUGUUCCACAAAAAUGUGGCAUUUUAUCCGAUGAUGAAAUUACUAUUACUGAAAAAUAUACAGCUUCUCAACUUGUGAAUCUAUUGGCUAAAGGUGAAUUAACAGCUGAACAAGUUAUUAAAGCUUACCUUAAACGAGCUGGUAUUGCUCAUCAACUAACCAAUUGUGCCACGGAAUUUCUUGGCGAAGAAGCCGUGGAUCGAGCGAAAUAUUUGGAUGAAGAAUUUAAAAAACGAGAAGGACCCAUAGGACCGAUUCAUGGUUUACCAAUCUCUGUCAAGGAAAUGGUACCGAUGCGAGGACGACGGCUCAGUUCAGGAUGGAUAAAAUGGAUUGAUAGAAUUGCUGAAGAUGAUGCUUUCAUUUUGAAGAUUCUCUAUGAAGCAGGUGCCGUCUUCUACGUUCGUACUACUCAACCACAAAGUCUUAUGCAUUUGGAAUGUAGCAGUCCUGUAUACGGUACUACUACAAAUCCAUUUAAUCGACAAUUAAGUUCUGGAGGAAGUUCAGGUGGAGAAGGUGCACUCCUUGCUCUUAAAGGUAGUCCCAUAGGAAUAGGCACCGAUAUUGGUGGAAGUAUACGUUUUCCAGCUGCUACUAAUGGAGUUUAUGGAUUGAAACCAACCACUUUUCGAUUACCGUUGCGAGGUAUGAUGGUAACACAGGCGAGAAGUCAAAGUAUUCUUGGUACGAUUGGUCCACUUGCUCGAGCGAGAGAAGACAUUAAUUUAUUCAUGAAAAUAAUACUUGACACCGAACUAUGGCGAACAGAACCAUCUCUUGUGCCCAUUCCUUGGAGAACAAUUACGUUAGAUUCGACAAAUUUAACCGUUGCUGUCAUGUGGGAUGAUGGAGUAGUGCAGCCUCAUCCACCCAUUAUUCGAGCUCUUCAUGAAACUGUUGAGCAAUUGAAAACAGCUGGAAUUCGAGUUAUCGAUUGGGAACCAGUCGAUCAUCAGAAAAGUUGGGAUUUAAUUAGUGCACUCUAUUUUUGUAAUGGAGCUCAAGCAGAGUGA